CUACCUAACACAGCCAUGAGAUCCAGGAUGAAGAUGUUGCUGUUGUUCUUGGCAGCAGCUGUUUGUGUGUCAAACGCUCAGACCAACAACAGCAGCAAUGACAAUAAGCAACAGCAGCAGCAGCAGCAGCAGCAACGCAGCAUCUGGGAUGAGCCCAUCCGAUUCAGCACCAAGACCAAAGAUUCCUGUACCAUGGUGGUGUCCGGAGCCGGGGACUAUACACGCCUGCGUGUCUCCUGCAAAGGUCAGAGCCAAGGCCAGACCCUAGGACGCUCCUACUACUGCGACUUCCAGGGUAAACCCAACCUGUGCCGCGCCUACAACCUCAACCCUCGCCACUACUUCACCCAGAUGAUGUGGGACAUGAGGAAGCUGAGCCACGCCUGCCAGGGACAAAAAAUCUACCGCCCAUCCAUGUGCAAGAAAUACCCAGACGAUGCCCAGAUGACCUUCCUGGCCUCCUGGCCAAAAACCACCACACCAAAACCCUCCAAGCCCAUCCAGGAGCCACGUAAACCAGUGGUCCCAGCUCAGACCAAGCCAGUCACUACUCCUAAACCAGUCAAGCUCCAGCCACAGCCCGUUAAGCCCCAGCCAGGCAAGGUCCCCCAGGUCAAGAAAACUACAUCAAAGCCUAAAACCACUACUCGUCCCACAGAGCAGCCCGACUCCAAAGCAUCCCGCAUUGCCUCCGAGUACUGCUGGAAGAGCUUCCACGGCGUCUGCACCUACUUCAUCAGCUGGUUCCAAAACUGAGACGAUAGUGCUGACACAGGUUGGAGACACCAGCGCUGAAUCCAGUCAGAACUCUCCCAGUCUAUCUUUGACCUCUUCAGGGAGCUUCUGAAGUCAUUUCAUCGCCAUGCGAGGUCCGACUCCCCGCACUGCACCAUCUUACGGGCUGAGCCAAAAUCACUCGACCUACACCUGUGUACGGUUAGCGGAUGACUGCUUGUGCUAUCAUGUAGUGUACACGUCUUUGUUUAAAUCUGUAAAACACACAGCAAAUAUGGCAGGCAUGUGAUUCUGUUUGUAUAUGAUGUAAAAUUCCCUCC